AUGUCGGGAGGAUCUUUGAAAGACCUUGUCAAGACGCUCAAUGGAGCACUGUCGGUGACGCAUCCUUCGUAUACGCUGCCAGAUGACGUGCUCAAUGUCAUCCAAACCUAUCUCAACCGGCACGUCGACAUCGAUGGCCACGACUCAGCACGGCUCCACGAGGAACUUCUGACGAUCCACGCAUCAAGAGUGCAAGGAGUUCCCGAGAAGCUCGGAGUUUUCCUUGCCUGCUUCCGCGCUCUUCGGCCGGCUAUUCUUGGGGUGGAUGAGUUGUCGAAAUGGUGGGAUAUAUUAGUAAAACCCACAUUCGAUUCAAUGGGACAGACGAAAGCGAUUGCGGCGGAUGCACGAGCAAUAGUCUUGAGCGUGCUGGCCUACGACGAGGACGAUGAUCCUACGGGACAAAAAGCGCAGGCAUCUUCGGUUUUCACGGACAAGCUUUUCGAAAUCUUCUUGGAGAAGACGAAAUUGACGGCUUCAUCGGACAGGGGAGCGGGAAUCAGGGAGGAACAGAAACACAGAUUCGUGUCCGACAAUGUGCAGGCUUUAUUGCUGGCGUACGGGAAACGAAAGCCGAAGGCGUUCCUAGGGAAAGUUGAUGCCUUCAUCAUUCAGAAGGAGUCGAGGCUUCAGAUUCUGGGACUCUUGUGUAGUUAUGUCCGGCUUCAGGGCCCUCAUCUCUACCAAGUCUUACAGACCCCGUUGCUGGAUCAUCUUCUGCAGUGCCUGGAGAACGACACUUCGACUACGGUUAUCUCGCUGGCCCUGACUGUCUUGAUCAUGUUCAUGCCGCAUCUCUGCAACUCGCUUGGUGCCUAUCUUCCGAGAUUGUUCGUCGUGUACACCCGUGUUCUCUGCUGGGAUAAGUUCGGCAUUGUCCGCUUGGACGAGCAUCGGUUUCCCGGAAUGGACGCGUACUCGAGGACUGGAACACCUCUCUCGGUUGAGAGGCACGAGGAGAGUAUUAAUGGUGACGGCUGGCAAAAGCUGAAUUCGUCUUUCGAGACCGCAACUUCCACGACGCCUGAUGUUGGCGACUACUUCAGUUUUCUGUACGGCCUGUACCCGAUCAACUUUCUCAAUUUCAUUCGAGAGCCGUAUAAGUUCUUGGAGCGAGUCAAUUACCAGGAUAUCGACCAGUUGGAUAUCGAAGAAGAAACCAUCCGUCAACGGACAGAACUUUACCGACAAUGCCACACUCUCCAUCCUAACUUCUUAACCUUGACGGCGGAGACGGAGCUGAGCGAUCAGAGCCGAUGGAUGAGGGUGGAACCGGCGGAUGUUACGGCGCAGUGUAUCGGGCUGGUCAAUAACAAUGUCUCAUUCGGUGCUUCGCGAUCCAGACAGAAGAGCUCCACGAGGUCCAGCAUUCCAGAGUCAUUGAUCCCGACGGAAGAUAUUCCCAACGACAGUCUCCUGUCUCAGGGCGAUGAAUACGCGUCAAACUAUGGCGACGACGCCAACAAUGACUGGCCAGAGAAUGCAUCGUCGGCCGCCAAUAAUGAUAGGGUUAUGGGACUGUUCCACCAGCGACGAGAAACUACAGAUACGACUGCAAGGACACCCCCUUCACGGGAUCCCAAAGCGCCCGACAGCCCGACGAUUCCGACCAGCACCUUCGGUACCACGGAUGAGUCACAUAUCCAGGACAUGCUCAAUCUGCAGGAGCAGUUGCAGGCGAGCUUUCACGAUCUCAAGCGCUCAGAGGAGCUUGCACCCUCUCCGGUGGUCGCCCGUCAUCCUUCAGGUCCUCCGCCAGGAUACCCAGGGAGCGCAACGGCGUCACCACGUCUCGGUGCCUACAUGCAGUCGUUGGACCACAGCAACAUGCCUAGGUCGCCUGCUCUUCGUCCCGCGCCCACUGAUACACAGGGAACGAUUGCCUAUCUUCAACGCGAAGUCAUGCUUCUUAAGAACGAUCUGAACUUCGAGCGUUACCUCAAGCAACAGCACCUCUCGCACAUUGGCCACCUCCAGCGAAAGCACAUAAAGGAGUCCACGGCCGAAGCGGAGACUCAGAACUUGAUCAACACGAAUAAAACCCUCAAAGCGAAACUGGAGGAAGCCAAGAAAGCGUAUGCUGCGUCACGACAGGAGGCGUUGAAGAGUAAGAACCAGGCGAAGAAGUGGGAGGCGGAGCUGAGCGCCAAGAUCCGAGCAUUGCGCGAGGAGCAGAAAGCGUGGAGACAGGACGAGGAGGCGACAAAGAAAGCAUUGGAGGCUGCCAGGGAAGAGGCGGAUCACCUGCGAAAACUGUUGGAAGACAGUGAGGCUGAGGGCUUGCGGUCGCGCCAGAAGCUGCAGAGCUUGAACGCCAACAUCGAAGAGGUUAACAAGCUUAGGACAUUUGUUGACCAUCUCAGCAAUAAGCUCACUGAUUACGAUGCGAAAUCUCAAGAGUUUGAGAUGCAGCGUCAUAAUGAGGAGAAUGCCAUGCAGCAGGUGGAGCGCAUGAAAGUGAGGCUCGCGGCUAGGGACCAAGAGACUCAGAAGGUCAGACGGGCCUAUGAAGGCAAGAUUUCAGAAUUAGAAUCGCGCAUCAGCUCAAUGGCAAAUCCUCUACCGCCGCCACCUGGCCAGGCGUUCCAGGGAAUGAUCGACAACGCCCUUUCACAAGCCAACUCACGAUUGUCUAGUCUCAAGAAGGCUCACAACCAUCUGCUUCAGAAGUACACGGAGCUGGAGAUCAAGUACAUCGAGUUGCAAGCACAGCAAGAGAUGGACUCGAUGCGUAACCCUAUGUCGCCGCAGUCCAUAAUGCACUCUCAAUACGCCGAUAUGAUUUCGGAUAGCGAGAGCAACAAUCCCCAGCAACACAGUGGACGCAGCAUUGACCCGUACCGCAAGGGAGGACAGUAUCAACCUUCGGAAGAUUCCAUGAGCCCGCAUUCCAGCUUCAACGAGUCCUCCAACGCUCAGUACUCCGGUAGCAUGCGAGAUUACCGGCCUCCGACUGCCUCCUCAGGUGGUCCGAUGUCGCCAGGAGCAGGCCAUCCUCCAAAAUACUCCAGUCACGGCGGUCAAAUGAGUCCCGAGCCUAUGCAUCAACGAGGGGAUUACUUUGACCAGCAGCGCCAGUUGAGACGUCAACCUUCGAUGCCCGACAGCAUCGCCACCGCAACAAUGGGCUCCGGGUCGGGAUCGGUCGGCACAACCAUUUCUGAUGAUGCGCGGAGUAUGAGGACCAUCAAAUCCACCACCUCAUCGGAACGGGCCAGGAGAGAUAAGAUCAAGCCUGGAUCAGAAGUGAGGGUCAGGGGUAGAGGUGGCGUUCAAAAUGUUGGCAAGAAACAAAAGGAGGACGAGCAGCAACCACCAGCGGCGAAGGAACCCAAGCCGAAGAAGAAAUCUAGGUUUUCGCCUGGGUCGGGAUUGGCGGGUAUAAGGGGAUUUGUUUGA